UUUUUUGACAUUUUUUAUCAGAACAUGAGUCCCACACAUGUGAGACUUCAGGUAGAAUUUUAUGGAACAAUUUUUCGUACAAGUGGAAAUCUUCGUGUCACAAAAGCCAACUUUUCCUAAUUCAAAAUCGGUGCACCAGAAAAACCAGUCAAAAACAACGUAUUCCUAUCCAACCCAACAUUCCAAAAAGGCGCGCAAAGAAAGGAGAAACCUUAGCCAUUUCUGACCUCUCCCGUUUCCUCGGACUCCCGUGUUUUACUCUUUCUUCUUCCCCUUAAACAAACGCAAAUCGAAUUCCUUCAAUAAUACCCUUUUAACCCAAGAAAAUAGAUUAAUUUUUUCCAGUUUUCUUUCUGUUAAGUUUCAAACAGAGAGUUGCAUUUCAGUGCUUAAUUUUCAGACAUGGAAAACACACGACAAUCUCUGAUCCCAACAUUUCUUUAUUCAUCAUUGUUGACAUCGAAAGGGAUGGAGAAGAAUCUGAUGAAGAAUGUGAAUUUACCUGCACAGUCUGAUUCAAUUUCGUCAGCAUCAUCAACGGCUGGGAUUAAGAGAGAUUUUUUGAUCCCGGCGCCGAGAGAGAGUAGUAUAAAGAUGUUUUCGCCGGCAUAUUAUGGCGCCUGCACGGCUGGAGGGAUAUUGAGUUGUGGGCUCACUCAUAUGGCUGUCACCCCACUUGAUCUCGUCAAGUGUAACAUGCAGAUUGAUCCUUCAAAGUAUAAGGGCAUUAGCUCUGGUUUUGGAGUUCUGCUGAAGGAGCAGGGAGUUAAAGGUUUUUUCAGGGGUUGGGUGCCAACCCUGCUUGGAUACAGCGCACAGGGGGCUUGCAAGUUUGGAUUCUACGAAUUUUUCAAGAAGUACUACUCCGACAUUGCUGGUCCCGAGAAUGCAGCCAAGUAUAAGACCUUGAUCUACCUCGCAGGAUCUGCUUCUGCUGAACUCAUUGCCGAUGUUGCCCUUUGUCCAUUUGAGGCGGUUAAGGUUCGUGUGCAGACUCAACCUGGCUUUGCAAGAGGCUUCUCUGAUGGAUUUCCCAAGUUUGUUAGGGCUGAAGGCGCUGCUGGACUCUAUAAGGGGAUUGUUCCACUCUGGGGACGUCAGAUUCCAUAUACAAUGAUGAAGUUCUCGACUUUUGAGAAUAUUGUGGAACAAAUAUACAAGCAUGCCAUCCCGACUCCAAAAGAGCAGUGCAGCAAAAAUUUGCAGCUUGGUGUUAGUUUUGCCGGUGGCUAUAUGGCUGGAGUAUUAUGUGCUAUCGUGUCACACCCUGCUGAUAACUUGGUGUCAUUCCUCAACAAUGCCAAGGGAGCAACAGUUGGUGACGCUGUGAACAAGCUAGGCUUAUGGGGUCUGUGCACCCGAGGUCUCCCUCUUCGUAUAGUCAUGAUUGGAACCCUUACUGGAGCUCAAUGGGGCAUUUAUGAUGCUUUCAAGGUUUUUGUUGGCCUGCCAACCACGGGAGGUGGAAGUCCUGCUCCUGCAAAGAACUAAAGCCAAAAGCUUAUGAUUCUGCUUCGAGAAAUGCAAUCUUUUUGUAGUAAAUGAAUGACCAGAGACCUCUCCAGGAUGGAUAUGCGGAUAGGGAUUAUACACUAUAUAAUAGUAGUAUUUAUUUGAUUGUUAUGUUAAGAUUUUGGAGUUAUGUUUGCUGUUUAGAAGGAUUAUUUUGUUCCUUCCUCUGUAGAACACAAAAUUUGCUCUUGUUUGAUAGGGAUUAAAAUCAAGAUUUAAAAAAAAAAAAAAAAAAGGAAUUUAAAUUUAAGAGUUUGAAUCCAAAGAGUUGGGUCGGCUUGUAAUAAUAUGCUCAUUUCCUUUGCUUUUUAGGCACGCAAUUAUUGCUCCUCUCUUAUUUAUUU